CAGAAAGUCUGAAGCAGUAAAGAAGCAACAAGAUCAUCUUUCCCUUGUGCAGAAAGAGAGGGCUGUGUACAACGACAUGACUGCUGCCUGCAAAAAGAUUUGCUCUGGCUCUAACCUGUCUUUUGGACCGUCCCUACCAGCAAGCAAGAAGAUUAGGAUGCAUUACAGUUUUGAUUUUGCUCAGCAGUUACACUUUCCCUCAAACCCUCUCCAGCCAGGACCAAUGUACUUCCUGACCCCACGGAAAUGUGGCCUAUUUGGUGUUUCCUGUGAAGGGCUGCAGAAACAGGUGAAUUACCUGAUUGAUGAAGGCAUGUCAUCUACUAAGGGAAGCAAUGAAGUCAUCAGCUACAUGCAUCAUUUCUUCGGCAACUUUGGAGUUGGAGAAACAGAGGUGGAUCUUCAUUGUGACAACUGUAGUGGGCAGAACAAGAACAACUUCAUGCUCUGGUACCUUGCCUGGCGGGUUGGACACAAGCUUCACGAUAAAAUUGAAAUCCACUUCCUUAUUGCUGGCCACACCAAGUUUUCCCCUGACUGUGGCUUUGGACUCAUCAAGCAAGCCUACAUGAAGACAAGAGUCAACACUUUGGCAGACAUCGCUGAGGUUGUGGAAAACAGCUCUCCUGUGAGUCACCUCAAUAUCCCACAGCUUGUUGGAACGGCAGAGGGCAAAGUUUUAGUCCAGACCUUCGACUGGCAGCAGCAUCUGACUCACCACUUCCGUAGACUCCCACAGAUCAAGAGUUAUCAGCACUUCAGCUUUGAUGCCAAGAGACCAGGUGUGGUGCUUGCAAAAACUCACUGUGAUGCACAACCUGUCGAAUAUCAGCUACUGCGCGACGGAGCAGAUCUGCCCUCUAUCGACGGUCUUUCUGUCCUGGCCCCACCUGGACUGAACAUUGACAGGCAGACCUAUCUGUAUGAAAAAAUCAGGCCAUUCUGUGCUGACGAGGCAAGAUACAUCACAUGCCCAGCGCCAAGGGUCACAACACAGAAGAGACCGCGAAUGUAAUAUCAUUGGACUGUGUCACAAAGACCUUUGUCUUAUGCUGCUAUUACCAAGUAAAAGUGGUACUUUUGGUACAUACUUGGAUUCAUACUCAUGCCCUGGAAAGUUUUUGAAAAUAAACAUACAUAGAUAC